GGUGGCGGGUGGUUUCCGGAGCGGAUCGGAACCUGGAGUCCGGAUUCGAUCCGGGUCGGAACAUUCCAAAAACAGGUUUCAGAAAUGGCAGAAGAUGGCAGCGAUGAGACCAUGUUUAUUUGGUGCGAGGAUUGUGGUCAGUACCAUGAUUCGGAGUGUCCUGAGCUGGGCCCAGUGGUGACAGUCAAAGACUCCUUUGUGUUGAGCAGGGCAAGGUCAUCCCUUCCUUCCAAUCUGGAGAUCAGACAACUAGAAGAUGGGACUGAAGGAGUAUUUGCAGUGACGCAGCUUGUCAAACGUACCCAGUUUGGCCCAUUUGAAUCCAAGAGAGUUGCCAAAUUGGAAAAGGAGUCAGCAUUUCCACUGAAGGUUUUCCAGAAGGAUGGGCCCCUGGUUUAUUUUGAUACCUCUAACGAAGAUGACUGUAAUUGGAUGAUGAUGGUGAGAGCAGCCACUGAAUAUGAACACCAGAACCUGACUGCCUUCCAGCAUGACAAUGAUAUUUACUUCACCACCUCCCGGGACAUCCCACCAGGAACUGAGCUGCGAGUGUGGUAUGCAGCUUUUUACGCCAAAAAAAUGGAAAAGCCAGUGCUGAAGCAGGUCACUAGUAUUGCCAAUGUGAGCGCUCCAGAGAGUAGUGGGCCCCUUGAAGCGGAGUCCAGCCAGUGGACAUGUAAAGUGUGUUCAUCUGUUUUCCCGGAACCUCAGCUACUGACAGAACAUCUGUUGAGUCACCUGGAACAAGCCAAAGGAGUCCCCCAGACAAGCCAAAAUGAUGCAACUCCAGAGAAGCCUGCAGAGGCUCCCAUUGCUGAUCAGCCUGUGACUGGCGAAGGUGCUGGUGCCAACGUAGACUCCAGGAGGACUCCACGAAGGGGAAGAAAGCCCAAAGCAGCAAAAGCAGAAACGCCUCUUGUCAUCACUGAAGAUAAAGACCCAGCAGUGGAUCGAGUAGCUGAAAUUAUAACAGAGAUCCCACCUGAUGAAGCAGCCCUUCCCUCUGCAGCGGAAGAGAGGAUUAUGGAACUGGUUUUAGGAAAGUUGCCAAGCACCACAAACAACAUCAGUUCAGUAACAAAGUUUGCUCAUCACCAAAACACCAUGUCCCUCAAAAGAAGUUUAAUUCUCUCCAGUAGACAUGGAAUACGUCGAAAGCUCAUAAAGCAACUUGGGGAACACAAACGGGUAUAUCAGUGCAACAUCUGCAGUAAGAUCUUCCAGAACAGCAGCAACCUCAGCAGGCACAUUCGGUCUCAUGGUGACAAACUGUUUAAAUGUGAGGAAUGUGCAAAGCUGUUCAGCCGAAAAGAGAGCUUGAAGCAGCAUGUUUCAUAUAAACACAGCAGGAAUGAGGUCGACAGCGACUACAGGUACAAGUGUGCUACAUGUGAAAAGGCCUUUCGGAUAGAAAGUGCAUUGGAAUUCCACAAUUGCAGAACAGAUGACAAGACAUUCCAGUGUGAGAUGUGUUUCAGGUUCUUUUCCACGAAUAGUAACCUCUCCAAACACAAGAAGAAGCACGGGGAUAAGAAAUUUGCAUGUGAAAUCUGCAAUAAAAUGUUCUACCGGAAGGACGUCAUGUUGGAUCAUCAAAGAAGACACUUGGAAGGGGUGAGGCGUGUGAAAAGAGAAGACUUUGAGCACAGCACGGAGAACAUGGUGCGCUACAAGAAGGAACCCUCUGGAUGCCCUGUGUGUGGGAAGGUAUUUUCAUGCAGGAGCAAUAUGAACAAACACCUCCUGACACACGGAGACAAGAAAUACACCUGUGAAAUCUGUGGACGUAAAUUUUUCAGAGUGGACGUUCUUAGAGAUCAUAUUCACGUCCAUUUUAAGGACAUUGCACUAAUGGAUGACCACCAGAGGGAAGAGUUCAUUGGUAAAAUCGGAAUCUCAUCAGAGGAAAACGAUGACAACUCUGAUGAAAGUGCAGAUUCUGAGCCUCACAAGUAUAGCUGCAAAAGGUGCCAGUUAACCUUUGGCAGAGGGAAGGAGUACCUAAAACACAUAAUGGAGGUUCACAAGGAGAAAGGCUAUGGCUGUAGCAUCUGUAAUCGACGAUUCGCCUUGAAGGCAACUUACCAUGCUCACAUGGUCAUUCACCGGGAGAAUCUGCCUGAUCCAAAUGUGCAGAAAUACAUCCACCCAUGUGAAAUUUGUGGAAGGAUUUUUAACAGCAUCGGGAAUUUGGAACGACAUAAGCUUAUACACACAGGUGUAAAAAGUCAUGCGUGUGAGCAGUGUGGAAAGUCAUUUGCCAGAAAGGACAUGUUAAAAGAGCACAUGAGAGUCCACGAUAACAUCCGAGAAUACCUGUGUGCGGAAUGUGGUAAAGGAAUGAAGACAAAACAUGCUCUGCGUCACCACAUGAAACUCCACAAAGGGAUUAAGGAAUAUGAAUGCAAGGAAUGCCAUCGUAAAUUCGCACAGAAGGUCAACAUGCUGAAGCACUACAAAAGGCACACAGGGAUCAAAGAUUUUAUGUGUGAGCUCUGUGGGAAGACAUUUAGUGAGAGAAACACAAUGGAGACUCAUAAACUGAUUCAUACAGUGGGGAAACAGUGGACGUGUUCAGUCUGUGAUAAAAAGUACGUCACUGAUUACAUGCUUCAGAAGCACAUCCAGCUAACUCACGAUAAGGUAGAAGCUCAGAGUUGUCAGCUCUGUGGGACAAAGGUUUCUACCAGAGCUUCAAUGAGUCGACACAUGAGGCGCAAACAUCCAGAGGUUCUUUCGGUUAGAAUUGACGAUUUAGAGCAGCUCCCAGAAGCUACCACCAUUGAUGCCUCCUCUAUUGGGAUUGUUCAGCCGGAGUUAACCCUGGAACAGGGAGAGUUACCCGAAGGCAAGCAUAUGAAAGCUCCUAAACGUGGCCAUAAGCGAAAGCAGAAGCCGGGUGAAGAGGAGGAAGUGCAAGUGCCUGAGGACCCUGCCUUCAAUGAAUACACAGAGAAAGAAGCUGAAUUCACAGGGAAUGUGGGAGAUGAAACCAAUUCAGCUGUACAGAGUAUUCAGCAGGUGGUGGUGACCCUUGGCGACCCAAACGUCACGGCCCCUUCUAGUUCUGUUGGGUUGACAAAUAUUACCGUCACCCCGAUUACCACGGCAGCUGGAACCCAAUUUACCAACCUCCAGCCAGUGGCUGUGGGCCACCUUACUGCUCCUGAACGCCAGUUACAGCUCGACAAUUCAAUCCUUACUGUGACAUUUGAUACUGUCAGUGGUUCUGCCAUGCUGCACAAUCGCCAAAACGAUAUUCAGAUACAGCCACAGCCAGAGGCAGCCAAUCCCCAGUCUGUGGCCCAUUUUAUAAACCUGACAACCCUGGUGAACUCCAUUGCUCCUCUAGGGAACCAGAUCGCAGAGCAGCAUCCGUUGACAUGGAGGGCAGUGCCUCAGACCGAUGUCCUGCCGCCCCAGUCGCAGCAAACACAACAGCAGUCAGGACAGCAGCAAGUUCAAACAGAGCAGCAACAGCAGAUGUACAGCUACUGA